AUGGCUGAAUGGGAAUGGGUGCAAAGAAGAAUGUGGUAUCUGACAUUGAUCGCGACAACUGAGGCGAACCGAAAGCCCGAUGAGAACUCAGAGUUGUUAAAAUUUGCCGUACCGUUAAAACCUGGGCUUUCAACGUCCCCUCCUGCCGAAGCAAAAGCCGCUGUAAAAACUGCCAUCGAAACCGGGUAUCGUCUGAUCGACACCGCUGCUUGNGAAGCUUUGAAGGAGUUGAUUCAAGCUGGAAAAAUCAAACGCGAUGAGGUUUUCAUUACUACCAAGCUUUGGGCCACACAUUUCCAUCCCGACGACGUCGAAGGUGCUGCUCGUGAAUCACUUCGUCGAUUACAACUGGACUACGUCGAUCUAUAUCUAGCGCAUGCCCCGACAUGUUUCAAUCAAGACAUGACGGCUCAGAACCACUCUGUGACAGUACAGGAUGUAUGGCGUGGUCUAGAAGGUGUAUAUAACAAAGGGUUGGCUAAAGCAAUUGGCGUUUCGAAUUGGAGCAGCGAACAGAUCGAACGUGUCAUGAAGUCGGCCAAAGUACCAAUUCAUAACUGCCAGGUCGAGCUACAUAUUUAUUGGCCUCAACACGGUUUACACGAGAUUUGCAAAAAGCACAAUAUCUCAGUCACCUCUUACGCCUCACUUGGAUCGCCUGGUCGAGUAAAUUUCAAGGCUGAAGGAGUGUAG